AUGUCCAAUAUUACCAGUCAAGCUCCAGAAAUUGAGCACGCCAUUGAAGUUAGAGACCUUUACUUCGAUUAUGGUGGACCUUCGAUCAUUGACCACCUCGAUCUUACUUUAGAUGCGGGUCAUCGCUGCAUUUUAGUAGGCGCCAACGGGGCAGGCAAAACUACGUUAUUACGUAUUCUGGCUGGUAAACGCAUGCUGCAUAACAAUCAUGUCAAAGUACUAGGAAAAGAUGCAUUUAUAGAAGCGCCACAGGGUGUUACCUAUCUGGGAACAGAAUGGGCCAACAAUCCAGUGGUGAAAUCGGAUUUAACAGUCGAUUAUUUACUAAAGAGUAUGGGAAGUCACCGUUGGCCUGAAAGAACUCAAGAAUUGCUUACAGUAUUGGAUGUGAAAACAACAUGGCGUUUGCAUCAAAUAUCGGAUGGCCAGCGUAGAAGAGUGCAAUUAGUGAUGGGCUUAUUACAUCCAUGGAAGCUGCUAUUGUUGGAUGAAGUAACAGUCGAUUUAGAUGUGCUCGCAAGAGCUGAUUUUUUGGCAUUUUUGAAAAAGGAAACAGAAGAUAGAGGUUGCACGAUUGUUUAUGCCACACAUAUUUUUGAUGGAUUAGGAGACUGGCCAACACAUAUCGCUCACGUAGCUGAUGGUAGGGUAUUAGCUUUACAUAACGUCAAAGACGAUGUAUGGCCCGAAUUAGAUGCUAUUAAAGCAGAACACAGAGAAAAGGGACUACUAGAUUCACCUUUGACCAGCCUUUGUCUCGGUUGGCUCAGAGAGGAUAGAGAACGACUAAGAAAUAGAAAAAAACUGGACCCAGCAACAGGUCAACCUCAUACCAAAUGGGAUGAUUUAAGUGAAGAUAUGAAAAAGAACGGGGAUAAGUUUUAUAAUUAUUGGAAGGAAAAACAGUAA